AGCAUUAUUAAAAGGGUUGUCGUGUCGUGGCAACCAUCAAUCAUUAUCAAACUAUAUAAUUUUGAUGCAAAGGUUUAAAAAAUCAUAAGAAACACGACUGCAUUUACAUUUAGAUCCCAGAAGUUAGAGACAUUUGAAUCUUAAUAUAAACCGCAAUAUCAGGAUUUUUUUAUACAUCUACACCAAUUAUUCAAACUUUUUAUGUGUUGAUUUGGUUAAUUGGUUGUGACAAAAUUAAAAGAAAACACAUAAAAUUUUGAAGGCUAUGGAAGAAGAAAGAGAGGUUAGUUUUUUGGCAAUGAACAAAGAAAACUCUGGAAUAUAUCAUGAUGGAAAAGAAUUGAGGAGAUUCAGAGCAUAUCUAAGAUGGGUUUACGUGGACCAAUCAAAUCUAUGCAAAGCUGGUAUAUCUUGGUCUGUGUUUUUCACUUUGGCUUACGUUGUACCUAUUCUGUCUCACUUUUUACUUGAUUGUUCGACAACGUGUGAUGCUGAUCAUCGUAGACCGUACCAUGUUCCUGUUCAGAUUUCUCUUUCUGUCUUUGCUACUUUGUCUUUUAUUAGUCUCUCCAAAUGGGAUCGUAAAUAUGGUUUUAGUAAGUUUCUUUUUCUUGAUAAAGUUAGUGAUGAGAGUCUCAAGAUUCAACGUGGCUAUGCAAUUCAAAUGAAGAGAACCAUGAAGCUCAUCUUGCUUUGGGGACUUCCCUGUUUCAUAUGUCAAUGUGUCUACAAGAUAUGGUGGUACAUCUCAGGAGCAUCCCAGAUACCAUAUUAUGGUGAGGUAUAUGUGAGCGGCAUUAUUCUGUGUACGUUGGAGCUAUGUUCAUGGUUUUAUAGAACCUCAAUUUUCUUCUUGGUAUGUGUCCUCUUUCGACUCAUCGGCUACCUUCAAAUACAAAGACUAGAUGAAUUUGCUCCUGUUUUUCAAAGAGAAACUGAGGUGGGAACAAUCUUGUUGGAGCACCUGAGAAUAAGAAGGAACCUACGUGUCAUUAGCCAUCGUUUUCGAGCUUUCAUUUUGUCGUCUCUGCUUUUGGUGACAGCAAGCCAGCUCAUUUUUCUACUUAUGGUUAUAAAACCACAUGCUGAUGUUGAUAUCCUCAAGGGUGGAGAGCUUGGGUUAGUCUCCAUCACCUUGGUUAGUGGACUUUACAUACUCUUACGAAGCGCGACGAAGAUCACACAUAAAGCACAAUCCCUCACAGGUCUUGCUUCUAAGUGGCAUAUAUGUGCUACCAUAAACUCCUUUGACAAUAUUGAUGGUGAGACACCUACAGCACUGAUAGCUUCAGCACAAGCUAUGGCUGCCGAUAUUAGUUGGGGAUCGUCUGAAGAUGAAUCAGGAGAUGAAGAGGAUGAGUUGAAUAACACCAAAAUGAUGCCAAUUCAAACACGUACUAUUUCAUUCCAUAAGAGACAGGCCUUAGUGACAUAUAUGGAGAACAAUAGAGCAGGAAUCACAGUUUAUGGAUUCAUGCUUGACAGAACUUGGCUUCACUCCAUUUUUGGUAUUCAAUUGGCUCUUUGUCUUUGGCUACUGAACAAGACGGUCGGUAUCUAGAAACAGAAAGGAACUACAAUGAUCCUCCUAGUUCUAGUCCUGCCUUGUGUGAUGUACAGUACAUCUUUUGAAUAGUCAUCUUUUCGUUUGAAUCUUGUUCUGGUUAUGACAUACGAAAUGUAAAUGAUACGCAUUUUUUGCAAAUAGUGUUGAGACUAUUGUAAAUGUGUCUGCGUGACUGCGUCUCCUACUAGUCAGGGGAAGAUCCUCAUAUCAGAUGGCACGCAAGACAGACACGUUGAAGUGAAGAGCCGGCAAUAAGUGUUUGUUGCUAUGUGUAUGGCUGAAAUAUCGCUAUGAAUAAAAGGUUUCUGAUAUUGUUAGUCUUGUCCUUUUCAAAUAUUAUAAUUCAUUCUCCAUGCAUUUGUUUGCAUGUUUGUUAAA